AGACUUAUGCAUCCACUUGCACAGGCCUUUUGAGGACGGAUUCUCUCCUGCAACGUAUGACUUUUCUGGUGUGAGAGCAGAACGACGCAUGCUAACGAUCCAGUGAUGCUGCGCCAAUCGGAUCACAUGACAGACCCUUUAGACAUGGAGCCCGGACAUUCCAUAAAACUCAGCGACUAUGAGAUGUAUCCUAUCCCUUGCGAAGGAGAGCCGGCCGAGUCUCAGUCUCAGGCUGCGCAACUAAACCAGACGGAAUCAGUACUCAGUUCCUCGGUACACGAGACUUCCGUGCAGGAGCUGGCUCCCGUGGAUGGCGGAUGGAAGGCCUGGCGAUUCUGCGCAGCUGGCGUUGUACUCGAAGCCAUGAUAUGGGGAUUUGGGUACAGCUAUGGUAUCUUCCAAGAUUAUUACACGUCCAAUCCACCAUUUGAGCACGCGUCCGUUGUCUCUAUCGCGGCAGUAGGAACUACAUCAAUAGGGAUACAAUUUGGGGAGACGAUAUUUCUUUCACUCUUCUUUGAGCGCUAUCCGGACUGGCUAAAGGCAAGCGCCUGGGUUGGCUUGCUGAUCGCCUUUGCCUCUCUCCUGUUGGCGAGCUUUGCUACCGAGCUAUGGCACCUCAUUCUCCUACAGGGUGUGUGCUUCGGCAUCAGCGGAGGCCUCAUUUACUAUCCCAUCAUUGUCUGGCUUCCGCAAUGGUUCGUUCGCCGGCGCGGCCUUGCCUCGGGCAUCAUCUUUUCAGGCUCUGGCGUUGGCGGCUUCGCAUUCCCGUUCAUGCUGCAAACCAUGCUAGAGAAAUAUGGGUUCCGUUGGACGUUGCGUAUCUGGUCAUUCUUCACGCUCGUAACCGUCGGUGUAGCAGUGCUCGGUAUGACGCCCCGUCUGCCCGUGCCCAAGUUCCGACGCGGGCAGAGGCCACGAUUCAUUCCUCCGCAGAUGCACUUCCUCAGAAGACCUAUGUUCUGGGCAUUGGGCAUCGCGACCGUUCUGCAGGUCCUCUCGUACAACUCCGUCUCACUAUACAUUGCUACAUACACCAAGGUCAUCUCCACGGCGUUCGAGGCGUCGGUAGUGCUCGCGCUCUUCAACUCCUCCGGCGUCAUCUUCCAGGUGCUCACCGGGCACCUGUGCGACCGGAUCCCGUACACGUGGGUCAUGUUCGUUAGCACGUUCGCCGGUGGCCUGUCCGUGUUCCUCCUCUGGGGCUUUGCGCGUACUCUCCCUCUCGUCUUUGUGUUCUCGGUCGUCUUCGGCGGCUUGAUGAGCGGCUUUAACUCUGUGGAGCUCCUCGCGAUCGCAGACUGUGCGGGUAGCAAGCCCGAGCAGUCAAGCAUCAUCUGGGCGCUCUGUUUCGUUUUUAGGGGCAUUGCGUCAGUAGUCGGACCGCUGGUAUCCGGUACCCUGUACGAUCUGGGGAAAACAUCACCGCAUGCGUCCGAGAUGAGCUAUGGGGCGUACGGGUUCCAGGCGCUGGAGAUAUUCGUCGGGGUUUGUGCUGUGGCGACCAGCGUUUCGAGUAUUGUUGUGGCGGCUACGAGGAGCAGAGUGCAGGUCCAGUCGUGAUGGGGUAUAUAGUCAUGAUAUAUGUUAUGGGCUUGGGGUAUAUGGUUCACUUCCCAGGGUUCCCGCCCAGUAAUCGGACACCUUCCCCAUCCGACACAGCAAUGAUUUGUGCCCGAUUUGUCUUUGUCAAGGUGUUCACUGCCUUGCGCAAGAGGGUGGUUGGAAUGCCUAAUAGCGGUGAGGGUACCGGUGGCUCGAUGAUCUCGUAGAAUGUCAGGAUAGUGUUCAGUUGACCGGUUGAUGAUG